AGUGACAAGCAUGAAAUGACCAUUAUGUGCUACUGUCAUACUAACAUGUUCGAUCUUUCAUAUCCAGAUAAUAAAAAAAAAAAAGUCUUUAUUUUUUGACAACAUUCUGAGAAACUGUUGAAUAACAUGGCUUUUUGGGAAGCAGUAUCUCUCCCAAUCUCAUUUCUCCUUUUUUCUUAUGUUCAGACUCAUUAUUUUAAUGAGACAGAUCAUGUUCAGAUUGACUCAAUACUUUUUCCUAGUAACAAAAAUUCUCAAUUCACAUUCAUUUUCUUUCUUUUUAACAGUGAAAGAAGGAAAGUAACAACAAAAUAGCAUGCAAUGACAAGGAUAAUCCUGCCAUUUCAGCUCACAAGUUUGGUUCUUUAGUUAUAAUAUGACUAUGCUAGAUUUGGACGUGUUAUCCCAACUUGUGUAUAAAGCCAUAAACUUUUCAUUUAACACUGGCAGUUUGGCUGCUCCAUAAUUUUCAGCCAUAACACUCUUUCCACAGCCAUGAAUACUACUUCCCAGUCCGGCAUCUGGUUCAGGCACAGAACUCCAUCCUGGUUUUCUGUGAAGAAGCUCCUAUUUGGCCUCGUGAUCCUGUCAUUAGUCUUGCAUAAAUCUGACGGGCAGGAGCAGCAGGUUGAAGAUGAUUACUGGUGUAUAGCAGAUGAGCAGUUUACUGAUGAAGAACUGCAGAAUGCCAUGAAUUGGGCUUGUAACAAUGGGGCUGACUGCACUGCGUUGCAACCGAAUCAAGCAUGCUUCGUGCCGAAUACAAUCAAGGACCAUGCUUCCUAUGCAUUCAAUAGCUACUACCAGAAGAUGAAACACAAGGGAGGGAGUUGUUAUUUCAGUGCUGCCGCAGUUUUAACUGGCCUUGAUCCAAGUAAGCCAAAAAAAAAAAAGCAUCAUCUUCAUUCCAAUCAUGAUAGCAUAAUAAUCCAACUCUUUCCUAAAUCUCAUUAGACAGUUCAAGUUUUCAUAUUGAAUUUUCUCAGACUGGAUUUAAUCAGAGGGUAGGCAGAAUGUGGAGUGAUAGACUUAGAUGAUGUUAGCAGCAGAUAAUGUGGUGGGCUAGCACAUGAUGAGAUGUAGUUACCAUUUAUAGUAUGGUCAAAUGCAUGGGUCCUUGAUUAGAUCCAGAUAGUCAGGGAACAAUAUGACAAAGAUGCAGUAACAAACAUCCUUUUUCUUUUUUCUUUGUUUUCAUACCUUGGACGUUGGAUCUCGUUUUGAACUUCUUGAGUAAUCUUAUGCUCUUCAAAGGCCAAAUUUUGCAACUCUCAUAUAUAUAUAAAUAAAUAAAUGAGGUGUGACUUAUUUUGAUGUUGGCAUCUACAGGCCAUGGAUCAUGCAAGUUUGAGUCCCUCCCCUGAACUCUUCCUAUUCUCUCCAUCAACAAGACAUCAUCAUCUACUUGAGAUUGGAACAUCAUCACUUGUGAUCACUAUUAUUAUGAGAAAAUUACAGAUUUCAGUAUUCAGCAGUGGUGGGAGUGAGAUAUUCCUGUUGUUAGUUCCACAUAAUUUUGUACAAGUUUUGUGAAUUGUGAGAUUUUACUUUAGAUAUUGGUGUGUAUUCAUCGCCUUAUAAUAAUACACACCCCCCACCCCCCAAAAAAAGACAGCCAAUAAAUUUCUAUGGUUGAUUAUAUGGUAUUAUGGGCCUCGAACAGGCUUUUCUGGGUUAGGAAAAUGGUCCGUAUCUCAUAGUACAAUUGCGUUUAGUGGAUUUGCCGACUUUCUUAUAUAAUUAAUAAUGGGAUUUUCCAGUUGAUUAUGGUGCC